AUGGCCAUCGGUUGCGAACAUCGGUACCCCGAAGAGCUUGAUGACCUCUCCCCCGUUGAAGAGAGACUCAUUGCCCUGCAUGCGCCUUUUGGCUAUAUCACCAAGUUCACAGUCGACAACAAGACCCGUUCGGGAAUCAGCUACCGCAAGCACGUGAAAGGACAUAUCGUCGUCCCGAACAAGUGGAUGAUCUUGUACGGUUCUUCUCAUCCCUUACUGCAGGCCAUUGAGAACAUCCACGUCUCUUGGAGCGGUCCGGCAAAGCCUGGCUCCGCAGACGUCAGACACCUGCUUCAGGUGCGCAAAUCUCGAGUGGCAGCUGCCCUGGCAUGGCUGCAGGAACAACCCGCUUUACGAGAUAUCGCAAUUAACCAAGCAGAGAUAGAUGGCUGGCAGUAUGCCGACGGCUCCACUGUUCCGACCGUCAUCAUGGACCGCAUGCGAAGGGAGGAACCGUCGACCGUUGAGAAGACACAAACGGACCACAUAGUCCCGGACACUGAUCGAGGCUUGGAGGAAAACAGCUUCAGAAGCAUCGAUGAACUGGUGAACUCGAUCAACCCCACUUUUGCGGCUGAAUCUUGCGAUUUAGAUCGUACUCUGUCCCCCGAGCAGACUCAACCAUCCCCUGGUGAGCCGGCGACUCUUGUCCCCGACUCGGCUGCCAUCGGCCUGGAAGUUGACGCCGUCUGUGAGAUGUCUGCUUCCGGCAUGUUUCCUCUCAAUGGACCGGCUGCCUUCGCCGAGACCGAUAAACUGUCGUUUCUGGCCGACAUCGUCAACGCCAAUCCGGAUCGACAUGGCAACUCUGUGCCGUGCGUUAUGCAGGUCCAAACUGCGGGAGACCAGCCGUUUGUCCGAGUAGAGCGUGGCUCGAGCAGCGUAUGCGAACUUGACGAGGACCGACUGAAGAGGCGAGAGGCGGAGAUGGGAGGCAGGACCACGUCGGACCCCGACAUAUCGGUCUUGCUUCGCGAGCUGUCGAUUUUUGGCCACGCACAGCCGCUCUCGAACGAAUCCCGUUUGCUUAUGCGGAGGAAGAUACAAGCUGGAACAUUUGGGCCGAUGAAACUUGCCAUUCAUAGGCUGCACGAUUAUGACUCUGCAAUGGAGCUUUUAGCCGAUCUCCGUGAAAGGUACGACAGAAUCGCCCUCAGCACCAUGGAUCCGGUUAGCUCGGCCAUCUUCUUCCACCGAGAAAUAUCCUUAUUCUUUGACAAGUACGUGAACACGGGCCAGGAAUCGAUCUUUGGAAAGAUUAGCCACUACUACGCCACGGUGGAAACGAACGAGCGAGGCAGCCUCCACUUCAUGGACUCCUCUGGCUGGACGGCAACAUGCGGUUACCGAACCUGGUAG